GAUCAACACGGUUGUCGGUAUCUUCAAAAAAAACUUGAAGAAAAGAAUGAGCAAUACAUUAGUAUGAUUUUCAAUGAAGUUUUCAGUCACUUUGUUGAACUAAUGACAGAUCCUUUUGGAAACUAUCUUUGCCAAAAGCUUCUUGAGUAUUGUAAUGAUGAUCAACGUACAAUAAUUAUUGAGACGGUGGCACCAGAAUUAGUGAACAUUUCUCUAAACAUGCACGCUUUGAAUCCUAAUGUUGUACCACUGAUCAAGGACUUGAACGGAAAUCAUGUUAUUCAAAAAUGUUUACACCGCUUGAGUCAUGAAGAAAAUCAAUUCAUUUAUAAUGCAGUAAGCAAAAACUGUAUUGAAGUUGCUACACAUCGCCACGGUUGCUGUGUACUUCAACGAUGUAUUGAUCGUGCUAGUGAAUCUCAAAAAAUUCAACUUGUUACUGAGAUUACGUUUCAUGCACUCACCUUAGUACAAGAUCCUUUUGGUAAUUACGUCGUUCAAUAUGUCUUAGAUCUUGGUGAUAGUCGAUUUACAGAUGCUCUGAUUCGUAAAUUCAUCGGUAAUGUGUGCCUCUUAUCAGUACAGAAGUUUAGCUCCAACGUUAUGGAAAAGUGUAUCAGAGUUGCAGAACCGGAGACACGAAAAUGCUUGAUCGAUGAAAUGCUUAAUAAAAACAGACUUGAUAAGUUAUUACGGGAUUCUUACGCGAAUUAUGUUGUACAAACCUCUCUCGACUAUGCCGAUCCGAUACAACGCGCUCAAUUGGUAGAAUGCAUUCGACCCCUUUUACCAGCUAUUCGCAACACACCAUAUGGUAAACGAAUUCAGGGUAAACUUCACCGUGAGCAGAUGCAAGCCUUAAACACAAUUAACAGUCUCAAUAUGAACAAUAUGAACAUGCUCAGAUUCCCAUUUAAUGGAUUGGGCAGUUUUGGAAAUAUGGGUAUGAUUGGUAUCGGAGAUUAUACACACAGUUACCAUUAUUUGUAA